GAGGACGCAAACAGGUGCUGAGAUGUCCGUCUAAUGCCUUAAAGAGUGAUGGACUGGGCGAAGGCAACAAAUCACUCCAGGGUGAACUCCUCAUCCGACUCUUCGUCCUCCUUCUCCUCCUCUUGCUGCAAUUCAUCCCACCUCCCUCUCUCGCCCUCGCUCUUCRCUGUCCCCUCCUUCUCCGGCUUCGACCUGCUGUCCAGGCUGAAACURCUCUUCAUCCCCCUCUAUGCCGCCGUGGUCCUGGUCGCCUGCACCGGGAACCUGCUCCUCCUCUUCCUUAUCUGGCACAACGAGAAGAGGCACAGCACCACCAACUUCCUGAUCAGCAACCUGGCGCUCGUCGACCUGGUGAUGUGCGUCUUCUGCGUCCCUUUGACGGCGUCCUACGCCUUCGACAGGCGGGGCUGGGUGUUCGGGCGGCACAUGUGCCACUUUGUGACAGUCAUGCAGUCGACGGUGGUGUACGCGGCCGUCCUGUCCCUCAUGGCCAUCGCGGUGGAUCGUUACGUGGUCGUAGCCUAUCCCAUUCGCAAACGAGCGGGAUGCCAGUUCUGCUGGUGUCUGGUGGUCCUGAUCUGGCUGUCCUCCCUGGGGUUGUCUACACCCACGGCCGUCCACACCGUCUACCUGGACCUGGAUGCAACUGGUUUGGAGAUGGCGGUGUGCGAGGAGUUCUGGGACGGCCAGGAGCGAGGACGCCUUGUUUACUCCUGCUUCAUCCUCUUCUUCUCCUACUUUGUCCCGCUGGCUGCUGUCUCCAUCUCCUAUUGCGCCAUAUCCUACCACCUGAAGCGAAGAACCACAUCCGGCUUGACCGCCUGUCCGGAGCUGAGGUGUGCCCGGGCCGCCUGGAGCAGACGGAGGAGGAAGACCUUCUGCCUGCUCCUGGUGUCCGUUCUCUGCUUCGCUUUCUCCUGGCUCCCAUUACAGGUGGUGAACCUGAUCCGUGACCUGGACACGGACUUUUCCAUCUUGGGGAAAACCUACGUAAACGUCAUCCAGGUGUCGGCUCACCUGCUCGCUAUGAGCUCCGCCUGCUACAACCCUUUCAUCUACGCCUCUUUGCACCGCAGGUUCCUGUCCUACCUGUGCCUGCGCCCUCUGUCCAGGAGGAGACGGAAGGGGCGGGGCAGAGGUCAGGGGUCAAGCAGCACCGUGACGGCGUCCCACAGGAUGCUGCACCUUCACACGUCCACCGUCGAGGCAGACUUACCCGGCGUUGUUCUGAAUGAUGUGGUUCAGGGAGAAAGCUACACCUGA